AUGAAUCACGAAGCAGAAAUCCUAAAGUCAGUCCAGAUAGGUUUAGAUAUCUGCAUAUUUCUUCUCAACACUGAUCGUGGCCUACAAGCGACUGAGUUAUGUAAUGAAUGUACAACUCUACUUCAAAACCUUGGCACUGGUAUUCAGCUUGAUAUCUCCCAUGUAAUAUUCAAUGCUUACUUCGCCAUCUCUGGUUACGCAAAUGCAGAAAGAUACACUAAUAAACUUCUUGAAACGCUCCUCAACGUUGGAAUACUAACAACACGACUGGGAGACAAAUAUGAAGCACAAAACCGGUUUGUAGAGGGAAAGCAACUUUUUAAAAGCGCAUUCGCCAUCUGGAAAACGACUGGUAGAAAAAAGGGAGAAGCUGAGGUUCAUGAAAGACUUGGAAAUGUAGGUUACUACCUAUGUGAAAUGCAGAAGGCAAAAAAACACUACCAGAUAGCACUUGCCAUCGCAACAGAAAUUGGCGACAGACAAGGUGAAGGAAGAAUUAACGGGAGCCUCGGAGCUGUGCUUGAUUCCCUUGGCGAAUAUCACAAGGCUAAAGAAUAUAACGAGAAGGCACUUGCCAUCGCGAUAGAAAUUGGUGACAGACAAGGAACAAGUAACUUGCAUCUCGGAAAUGUGUUUAUUUCCCUUGGCAAAUAUCAGAAGGCUAAAGAAUAUCACGAGAAAGCAGUUGCCAUCGCUAUAGAAGUUGGCGACAAACGAGGAGAAGGAAGUAGUAACGGGAGCCUCGGAAAUGUGUUUGAUUGGCUUGGCGAAUAUCAGAAGGCUAAAGAAUAUCACGAGAAGGCACUUGCCAUCGCGAUAGAAAUUGGUGACAGACAAGGUGAAGGAAGAAGCAACGGGGACCUUGGAUCUGUUUUUCAAUCUCUUGGCGAAUAUCAAAAGGCUAAAGAAUAUCACGAGAAAGCACUUACCAUCGCGAUAGAAAUUGGCGACAAACGAGGAGAAGGAACAAGGAAUGGGAAUCUCGGAGCUGUGUUUCAUUCCCUUGGCGACUAUCAGAAGGCUAAAGAAUAUUACGAGAAAGCACUUGCCAUCGCGAUAGAAAUUGGCGACAGAGCAGAAAUUGGUAACAGAAUAGGAGAAGGCUCGAUAUACUCGAAACUUGGAGGUGUGUAUUUUGAGCUUCGAAAAAAUCGGCAAGCUAAAGAAUAUUUGGACAAAGCAGUUGACGUCAGUUUAGCAAUUGGUGACAGAAAACUAGAAGCCUACGCUACUGCAGGUUUGGCAGCUGUCUUUGCUUCUGUUAAUGACUAUCAGAAGACAAAAGAACAUUGUGAGAAGGCGCUUACCAUCAGCAGAGAAUGUGGCAAUAGAAAGUUCGAAGCAGAAAUUUACCUAAAGCUUGGAAAUCUAUACCUUUCGCUUGGUGAAAGUGGCAAGGCAGAAGACUACUUAGAGAAAGCUCGUUCCAUAAGCAGCCAGUUUGGAUAUAAGAUGACUCAUUUUCAAAGCCUUCUUGGUAUUACACAGUUAAAGAUAUCACAGUCGGAGGUUGUGGAGGCAAACCAAUGUCUUCUUCAAUGUAUCGGCAAAUAUGAACAAAUCAGGACUUUUCUGAAAGAAAACAGUGAAUUUAAAAUGUCUCUGUUAGAAGAACAUGGUACUUUUCCCUACCAGUUACUCACUAACUUGCUAUGCCGUAUUGGAAAAUUUCGAGAUGCUCUUUAUGCUGAGGAGCUGGUACGAGCAAGAGUCCUCGCUGAAUUCAUGGCAGAUAAGUACUCCCUGGAAAGCCACUUCACAGCUGAUCCACAAUCAUGGUUCGGGAUUGAAAACAUCAUGAAGAGAGAAAGAAACUGUGUUUGUUUGUUCCUUUCAUAUAGAGAACGGCAAGUUCUUCUCUGGGUAUUGAAAGCAAAUGGAGACAUUUUCUUCCGAGCAACAGAUGAAGCGGAAGUUGACACCCUAAUUGCUGAGAAAGUUUGCGACGUGGAAGGAGUUUUCAAAAAGAGCGCCGCCGGCUUUGGAGUUUUACCCGCAGCAAACUGCGAAGAUCGAUCAUUGAAUGACGACGUGACGACAUCUCUUCAUGAAGAGAGCCGGGCAAAUUUGCGAGGUGACGAAACUAAAGAUACCGAAAGAACUCAUCAAUUGUGCUACAAAUGGAUCGUCGCACCUGUGGCAGAUUUACUUACUGAGCCUGAAAUCAUCAUUGUGCCCGAUCGAUUCUUGUAUCGAGUCCCAUUUGCUGCCUUGUGUGAUGAACCAGUCGGAAAGUAUUUAUCGGAGAAGUACAGAAUACGCAUCGUCCCUUCUCUAACGACUCUGCGGCUCAUCCAAGAAUGUCCUGCGGAAUAUCACAGUCUUACUGGCGCACUGGUUGUGGGUGAUCCUACGGUUGGCAAAGUGCAUUACAAUGGACGUCUUACUGACAUUACACCAUUGUUUCAUGCAAAUAAGGAAGCAGAGAUGGUUGGUCGACUGCUCGGCGUUCAGCCUUUGUCAGGAAGUCGCGCGACAAAGCAGGCGGUACUUCAAGCGAUACCUUCAGUGAGUCUGAUACAUCUUGCUGCUCAUGGAAAUGCCGAAAGAGGAGAGAUUGCUCUCUCUCCUCAAUCUACCACUAACGGUAUUCCCCAAGAGGAAGACUACCUCCUGACAAUGUCCGACAUUCAGGUAGUUCAGGUGCGAGCCAAACUGGUAGUACUCAGCUGUUGUCACAGUGGGCGUGGAUUGGUAAAAAAGGAAGGAAUUAUUGGAAUCGCUCGAGCUUUCUUAGCAUCCGGUGCACGUUCAGUGUUGGUAGCAUCGUGGGCUAUAGAAGACGAAGCAACGGCUAAGCUCAUGGAACAUUUCUAUGAACACCUUGUUCGUGGAGAAAGUGCCAGCGAAUCUCUUCACCAGGCCGUUCAAUGGUUGAGAAGCAACGGCUUUCCCAAAUCUUCCCAAUGGGCUCCGUUUGUGCUUAUGGGGGAUAACGUGACAUUCGAUUUUAUGAAAAAAAGGAAUGAAGAACUCAAGGAGGACAACAACGAGGCAGAGAAGGAACAGAGUCACGACUGA